CUUGGUCACAACUCACCAGUACAAGCAGGUGGUUCACGAGUUGAGGGCAUGAUAGGCGUUAAUUUACUGACAAUGGUGUUUGUGAUGGCGGCGGCCACCGUUUCACUCGCGGUGGCGAAAGCUGGAGCCCAACCAAUCCCGAAAGGUGUAAUGACACUGGAAAGGGCUUUUCCGACGAACAAGAACAUGGAGGUGAAGGCGCUUAGAGCUCGGGAUCGGCUAAGACAUGCUCGAAUGUUGCAGAGACUUUCCGGGGGCAUCGUCGAUUUCUCAAUUGCAGGGUUGGCGGAUCCAAACAUGCUCGGUCUUUAUUAUGUCAAAGUAAAAUUGGGCUCUUCUCCUAGAGAAUUCAAUGUACAGUUUGAUACGGGAAGUGACAUCCUAUGGGUUGCAUGCUCUUCCUGCGUAGGUUGUCCUAGGAGUAGCGGCCUCAGGGUUGAUCUCAACUUCUAUGAUGCUUCCAGCUCAUCCACUGCUUCUCUUAUCACUUGUUCGGACAAAACCUGUUAUUCUCUUAGUCAAGCAGCCUAUGCCAAAUGCUUUACUGAGAGUGAUCAGUGUGGUUACUCAUUCCAAUACGGAGAUGGAAGUGGCACAACCGGCCAUUAUGUAUCUGAUAUGCUAUACUUCGACACUGUCUUGGCUAACUCAUUGGUAGCCAACUCUUCAGCCCCAGUAGUUUUUGGGUGCAGCACCUUGCAAUCUGGAGAUCUGACUAAUGGAUAUAGAGCAGUUGAUGGGAUUUUCGGGUUUGGUCGACAUGAUCUUUCAGUUAUAUCACAACUGUCAUCGCUUGGGAUUACUCCAAAAGUUUUUUCCCACUGUUUGAAAGGAGAUGAGACGGGUGGAGGGAUUUUGGUUCUUGGUGAAAUUUUGGAUCCAAGAAUUGUGUAUACCCCACUUGUUCCAUCACAGUACGUAUACCCUUUUCUCUUUCCCAGAACUUAUGAUGUGCCAUAGAUUUUAAAACCACGCACCCUCAAUUAUUAUUGGCCACAUUAUAAUUUGUACAUGCAGAGCAUUGCUGUUAAUGGGAUAUUAUUGCCUAUUGAUCCAGGAGUGUUUGUUACAUCUGAAAGUCGUGGAACCAUUAUAGAUUCCGGCACAACAUUGGCAUAUCUUCCCCCUGAAGCUUAUGAACCCUUUAUCAGUGCUAUAACAAGUAUGGUUUCACAGUCUGCAGCUCCCUUUGUAUCUAAAUCGAUGCAGUGUUAUGUGGUUAAUACAAGCAGCAGCAGCAUAACUUAUAUAUUCCCCACUGUGGUUUUGAACUUUGCUGGUGGCGCAUCGUUGGCUUUAAGACCUUUAGAUUACCUCUUCCGUAUGAGUUAUCUUGAAAGUAAUGAAGUUUGGUGCAAUGGCUUUCAGAAACACGAGCUGGGUAUUACAAUUUUAGGAGAUCUUGUUUUGAAGGAUAGAAUCAUUGUUUAUGAUUUAGCUCAUCAGAGGAUUGGAUGGGUUGAUUAUGAUUGUUCAACCUCAGUAUAUGUGUCUGUGACUUCUGGCAAGGAUGAAUUUACCAAUGCUGGACAGUUGAGUGUCAACUGUUCACCAUGUAAUGCAUUCCAUUAUAUGCCUGUUUGGCUUCUGAUGACCGGGUUUUUAUUUUUGUAACAUGGUUUGUUGUCAUCCCAUCCCUCCCCUCACUAGAUAGUUAAUAGGAAUAGCAUUAGGUUUCUUGUGGUGCAUUUGGUUUAAUCAUGAGGCAUAAUUGAAGUGGCUUUAAUUGCCUUGUUGAGCGAUAACCACUUAAACAGAUUAGUAUUCAAGCUCAUGGUUGUGCUACUUCGCAAGUGGUUUUUUUUUGGGAAAAUGGUCAAAUAAGCCCUUAUAUAGGAGGCUAUGUCCGGCUGUCGCCAUUUGGGGCAGUUCCGGGUGGAUUUUUUUGAUGAAUUUUUUUGAGCAUCUU